CCAAAUUUGGUGCCAAUGCCAUCUUGGGAGUGUCCCUGGCUGUGUGCAAAGCUGGUGCUGCUGAGAAGGGCGUCCCUCUGUACCGCCACAUUGCUGACCUCGCUGGAAAUGCCGAAGUCAUUCUCCCAGUUCCUGCUUUCAACGUGAUCAACGGAGGCUCCCAUGCUGGCAAUAAGCUGGCGAUGCAGGAGUUCAUGAUCCUCCCUGUGGGUGCUGACACCUUCAAGGAGGCGAUGCGCAUCGGUGCUGAGGUCUACCACAAUCUCAAGAACGUCAUCAAGGAGAAGUAUGGCAAAGAUGCAACCAAUGUGGGAGACGAGGGUGGCUUUGCCCCCAACAUCCUGGAAAAUAAAGAAG